AAUUGUUAGAGCAACAAUACUUAAGUCAAGAGGAAUGAAACUUAAAGUCUUAUUUCUACUCCUGUUGACUGGCUUCUGUCUGACUGGACUCCUUUAUCUGGGCUACAUCUCUGGAUGGAUUAACCCAUAUAGCCAAGCUGUGACACCAUGGUUAGCCCCAAUUGUAUGGGAAGGAACAUUUGAUCCCAAACUGAUUGAUUCAAUCUACAAGAAACAAAACAUCACGGUAGCAACUACAGUCUUCGCUCUUGGCAAAUACACGGUGUUUCUUAAAGAUUUCCUGGAGUCUGCAGAGCGCUAUUACUUUGUUGGGUUUCGUGUGCACUAUUAUGUCUUCACCGAUCACCCAGAACAGGUUCCUUAUGUGAAACUGGGUAAAGAACGUAAACUGACGGUGAUGACAGUUGAAAGUUCUAACAGAUGGCAGGAGAUGACGUUGCGGAGGAUGGAGAGGGUGGAGAAACUAAUUAAGAGUCGACUGGUGAAGGAAGCUGACUAUGUUUUCAGCCUUGAUGUGGAUACAAAGUUCUACGGCCGCUGGGGUGCCGAGACUUUGGGUAAUCUUAUAGGUGUGAUUCAUCCUGGUUACUAUCUUACACGACGUGAGCAAUUCCCAUAUGAGCGAAGGCCUGAGUCUCAAGCGUUUAUCCCUUAUUCUGAAGGCGAUUAUUAUUAUUGUGGAGCGGUGCUUGGUGGUAAAGUGAAAGAUGUUUAUGAGGUUGCUAAAACCUGCCGAGAGCAGCUGGACAUUGAUGCAGCUAAAUCCAUUGAGGCAGCAUGGCAGGAGGAGUCCCAUUUGAAUAAGUACUUGCUGUAUAACAAACCCAGUAAACUGCUUUCACCUGAGUACAUGUGGCAGGACUUGGUACCGCAGGCAAAUAGGGUCAAAAUCAUUCGCUUCUCUCAAGUUAUUAAAAAUUAUGCAGACGUUCGUCCAAACCCAUAGAAGCUUUUAAAUGUAUGAUUUAGUAUUAAUGGGCACAUAGUUUACCUCUUUUUUAGGAUUUAAUAUUAAUAUUAUGGUUCUUCUGAGUGUGCCAGUUUAGGUUCAGUUUAGAACACAAUUCAGAUUUUUUUAUUAUAAUGUGUUAAAAAGUGUCAUGUUGGGGGCGUGUCCACAGUUCGCUGAUUUAUGGGUGUGUUGCUUCACAUGUAGAUUAGUUUAGGCUUCCCGCCAACGUAACAAGGGGGCGGGGCCAUGAGCUCACCCGGUCUGCAUUUGCAACAGAGUCUGACAGGGAGACUGCGAGAACGAGGAUCGCUGGAGUGAGAGGAUCACCAUUCAGUCGUACAUGUACGACUCUGACACAGACCAAGCAGAGAGUACAAAAUCAUUUGUGUCUUGUACAGUUUUACAGCCAACUGUGUGCUAGUUUCAAGUGCUGAUCUUGUACACAGAAACUAAUAACCACGCACACUGAAUUAACUUUGACUGAAGCACCGGAUGCGCCGCUCGAAGCCGCGACACGGCACACCAGACACUCUCUGUAGCGCGGCAGAUACAUGAAGUGUCCCGAAUCGUCGCCCCACGCAUUUUUGAACUCUAAACAUAGGUUUCUGCAGCGGUCCGCGGCGCCCAGCCGUCGACUUGAGUGUACCCAGAUAGAAACCUAUGUUUAGAAUUCUAAAACGCAUGCUAGUUAAGAUCACAGGGAGCUUCUGGGAUCGCAAGAAAUGCAAACGGCUGAAGUAUAAGGUAUACUCAAUGAGAAGUACACAUGUUUGCAAACCUACCUAAAGAUACAACCAAUAAUUCCGAUUAGAGCGAUAAUCUGGAGAAUAUUGCUCUUGUGUUGAGCCCAAUGAGCCUUGCAUCUAAAAAUAGAGCUAGGGUGUUGCUUUAGUGAUAUCGCUUUGGCUCAUGCUGAAAAUGGCGGACGUGAAUCAACAAACUGAGGAUAUGAUGACACGCCUGUCAAUCAAUAUUGGUGGGCGGGGGGACCGCUCUCCUCCAUGAAGUUGCGGUCGGUUUGAAAACUGCUCCAAUUGGUCCACCGUUUUUUAUGUUGUUAAAUUGAAAAAAAAAACCACUGGGUGUGCUUAUAUCAUCCAAAUAUGACAGUCUAUACACCAUACAUGCACAUAUGGCUGUCCAAACAGCUUGAAAAGUAGAUUUUUUUACCAUAGGUGCCCUUUAAAUUAUUGCAUGUGGAGUUGAAGUCAGACUUAUUAGCCCUCCUGUUACAUUUUAAAGCUUCUAUAUUUUUUCCCCAAUUUCUGUUUAACGGAGAGAAGAUUUUUUCAACACAUUUCUAAACAUGUAGUUUUAAUUACUAAUUUCUAAUGGCCAUUUUAGCAGUCUUUUUCAAGAUUACAUUUUUCAGCUUAGAGUGCAAUUUAAAGGCUUAACUAGGCAAGUUUGGAUAAUUAGGCAAGUCAUUGUUCUGUAGUUAAUCGAAAAAUAAAUAUUGCUCAAGGGGGCUAAUAAUAUUGACCUUAAAAUGAUUUCAGAAAACAAAUAACUGCUUUUAUUCUAGCUGAAAUAAACCAAAUAAGACUUUAUCCAGAAGAAAAAAAUACUGUAGGAAAUACUGUGAAAAAAAUCCUUGCUCUGUUAAACAUCAUUUGGGAAAAAUUUGAAAAAGAAAAAAGUCACAUGAGGACUUUAUUUUGACUUCAGCUGUACAAACAUAUUGUGAAAACUCAUGAAGCAGGAGGUUAAGACUUAAAUGAUUACUUCUCAACUUGUUAGUCAAAUAAAAGACCUGAAAGAAUCACUGGAACUACCGCAGUAAACCUCACAUAACAUUCUGUUUGUGGCUCACCGCUGUUUUCAUUACAGACUUCCUCAAAUGAGACUUACAGGACAAACUGUAGACCUGCAUGAAAUAAAAUGCACUUCCUCUGAUUUUUUUAUUUUUAGCAAUACAAAUGUGCCAAUACAUGUUAAGUUAUAAUCUUGUUGUUUUAAAGUAUAUGUGUGCAUCUCAUCUUCUCUCUGCCCUAAAGUUAACAGGUAACAGACUCCAAAUGGACUGAAGCUGUGUAUAAAAGAAAGCAUGUUUUAUGGUGUGUAAUGAUAAACUGAUGUUCUUACCCAGCCUUCCGGAGUCUGCUUUAUAUGCUCCUGUAAAGUUUAGCACACCAGUCUAGACACAAGGUGCGCAGUCGGAUCUGUUCACUGACUUCAGUCUUUAAAAAAUGACUAAUUAAAUUUUUUAUUUAUGUUUUUAUUAUUAUUUUUUUCUAUUAAAAACCUCUCUUAGGUUUAUAUAUUUUCUAUAAAUGCUACAUGUUUAUUCAGAAUCCUUUCCUAUUAUUAAAAUCUAAAUAUAACAUGUCUAAAAACUUUACUAAUAAAAGGUUACUGUUAGAGUGUAUGUUCUGUAAAACAAUUGUGUGAAAAUAGACUGAAAUUACUUAAAUCUUUAAAGCUUUAAAACUUAGGCAGUAUCACAAAUGUAUUUAUAUGUAAACAGUAAUUAUUAUUGAUUAUAUGAUAAAGUGUAUUCUGCUCAACAAGGGUGGAUUAUUUGAUAAAAAUGCAAUAAAAUAUACAUUUUGUGGAAUAUUAGAAUUGUCAAAAUAUUUCUUUUUUAUUUUUCUCUAUUUUAAAACUUAUUUUAUUUCUAU